CGGCGCAGUGAUUCCAUUUCAAAGCAGAAUUUUAUGAACACAUUGUUAUAAAUGAGGGGAAUUCUGUAGUCGCGGACUCAGAAUCAGAAUCUGCAAGCUCUCUUUCCUUGGUUGAUCUAUGUGUCCUAAAUUCCGUAGGACUAUGAAAGGGUUGGUCGAAAGGUAUAGAAGAUGGAACCCAGUGCAUCCAACUUAUGGGGCAUUUUGGGGGAUGGGCGUGGGCAUAGGUUGUGGCAUUGGUUGGGGUCCUGGUUUUGGCCCUGAAGCCAUCGGCUAUGUUGGAGCUGGUUGUGGCAUUGGAUUUAGUGUUGGAUUCACUCUGGCUGGCCUGGGUGUUGGCUUUCCAGUCAACUUUCUCUUUCAAGUUCCUUAUCGUGCUACUAUGGCAACAAGAGGCGCGGCGUUGAAGUUGGUAGGGUCAAGUAGUCUUCUUUCUAAAAAACAUUUUGCUGGCAAUGACUGGACGGGAAUUGCACCUCCUCUUUCCGAGCUGCAAAGAGAAGCAAGCGAGAGAUUCUCUAACUUUGGGCAACAGCAUUUGUCAGUCAAGGGCGCUGAUUUUUUUGAGAUGAAAAAUAGCCUGCCAUCGCUUGCUACGUCUGCUUGUGAAAGUUGUCGAGCAUUGAAUACUCGGUUGUUCAACUCUCACAGAGGUCUUGAUAGUCAGAGUACUGUGACCGGAACCUCAUCUGCCACUAUGCAGCACACCUUCUGCAAAGAGCCCCCUUCAGCAUCCAAAAACCAGCUCUGGCAGGCAAAUGGGCUUACCAGAUCUGCUGCUCUGUCUAGUGUUGAUAAUCCGAAAUAUGCUACCUGGGAGGCUGAAAACAGCUUGGUGCAAUCUUGGUUUACCGAUGCACUGACUAGAGAGAUUGGGAAGAAUUUGUUGCUGUACAAAAUUGCCCAUGAUGUGUGGACAGGAGAAAGGACAUCCUUCUUCUUCAGUAACAAUAAAGCAAUCCUAUUUGACACAGAGUGCUUUCUCCAUGAUUUCAGGCAAGGCAACCUAGAUGUAACCCAAUAUUAUAAUGUACUUGUAAGACAUUGGCAACUACUGGAUCUUUACGAGAUUCAUCAAUGGUACUGUGAAACUGAUGCCCAGCAUUUCAACACACUCAAAGAAGAAAGAGAGUGUAUAAAUUCUUGA